UGGACUCAGUGCUCACAGGAAGCAGUUAACUUGUACACAUUCCACGAUGAAAAAGUGUGGUCGAUCAGAAUAAAGCAACACUCCAUUGAAAAGGGCUGCCGAUCAACAUCCGGGUUGUAAAUACUUUCUUAAAAAUCUCUGGAGGUCCCAUGAUUACUAGUGUGAGGGGAACCGAUCGUAUAUUGCCACUUGGAUUUGAGAAAAAAAAAACAGGAACAUUUUUUGGGUACCUAAAAAUUUUCUUUAAGGGACAUCCAAUUGUAACGAUUCAAGUUUAGCACACCCUGUGCAAGGAUGACAUGCAUGAUUCACUCAAGAUUAACAUGCCCUGCGCAUGGAUGACACUGCACAAAUCCAGAGAUGUUCCAAUUUGUUUUACAAUUAAAAUCCAAAAUGGUCUGGUUCCUUUGGCUAGAAAAAGGAAAUAUACAGAAAACUGUUACAUUAAGCACAUAUGUACAGGCACCACCACCAUAUAAACCACCGGAUGUUUCUGCCCACGACUUUGGGUAAAAAGAGGCCUUAGCUCACAGACACAAUGCUUCAGAACUAAAGGAUGAAUGAGAAUCAGAAGUGCCACAGUAUGCGGUGCAGUACAUGCCUUUGAGAAUCGUUCUCAGCUUGGAUUCCUGGCUGAGGUUGGUUUUGCAUCUGCACGCCCAAAUAUUUUUAGCAUGCAGCAGUUGCCUACUAAGCUUACCUAUCCAAGGGUCACAGAAUUGCGGCAAGAUCUCCACAGGCUCAGGUCUUCUGCAACUGUGUUCUUGAAGGUACUGAAGAUUGUUCAUCCUGGUGGCCAUGCAGAGCUUCACGAUAGGCCGGUCCUGGCUGCUGAGAUAAUUAACCGGAAUCCAAGAUGCUGUGUUGCACAUCCCAAUAUUUUCCAACAACCUUGGGCCAUUGUUGCACCAGACACUACGUUGAUGCCUGGUCAGAAAUUCUACGUGGUGCCAGUAAGUACCAUAAGACGGCUUCAAAAAUUGUCUUUGAAGUAUAAUACUUCUCAUAAUCAAGAUGUUAAUCAAAAUAAUAAUGGUUUAACUGGAGAAGUUGAUAGCUUCCGCACUACUUGUUGGAAGUUCAAGCCCUCGAAUACUUCAAACGGGGUAACAUCAGAUGAUAGUUACUGUGCAUGUUUGAGAAGUGGGAAAAAGUUAAAAGGAAACAACAAUGAAGAAUCCAGCAAGGAGAAACUGGCAAGCAACUUAACUUUUUCAGAGUCAGAGACGAGGAGCAACGAUAAUAGUACGAGGGGAGGAGGACAACAUCCCAAGAGACUUAUUGCUCUUGAUAACUGGCAUCCGGGACUAGAGAGCAUUGGUGAAGAAAUAGCUCCUGCUUAAUUCACCGGCUUCUGAAUAUAAAUAUUUAUGUUUGAACACAUGGCAUCUUACUUGGAAUAACAGGGAGAAAGGUCUAUUAUUUGAUUUUGUUUAUUGAUUCAUAUAUUGUUAUCAGAUUGUAAGUUUAGGUCAGUAGUACCUUCACCUAUCACUAUUCUUAGGAUUGGCAUGUCCAAGACUUGUUUAAUAUGAUUUAGAGUUUUUUCUUU